ACACACACACACACACACUCGCAGAGCAGAGCUCCCGUUCACCCUCUACCGGAGAGCUCACCCGCGCGCGCGCGCUCCACCCGGUCACCCACAACCCGACAACUAUCCGCACAGAGGGAGGCGGGAGAAACGUUUCCAGAAGAGCCCGAAGCGACACGAGACAUCACUGACACCCGCAGCUGAAGAGAGAGAGUUCGCCCGGCGGUCAGCCUCGGGUUCAUCCUACCGCCAAGAUGGACAAAGUUUUAACUUUCAUCUUCAUCGCGAUCGGUGUUGUGCUGCCGGCGCGAGCGCAGGUGUAUAAAGGCGAUUGUGACUUCGAGAAACCCUUCUCAUCCUGCGGUUACACACAAGGUCGAGAUGAUGAUCUGGACUGGGAACAGUUUGACACCAGUGAAAAACCUUCACUGGAUCCGUGGAUGCCACCGGGUGCAGCGUUCAUGAUGGUGAAUUCGACCAGCCGUUACGCUGGACAGAGAGCGUUACUCUUCACUCCUCAACUCAAAGAGAACGACACGCACUGCGUCACCUUUCAGUAUCAUGUGUCGGGCAGAGAGGGGGGCAGUCCGGCCCAUCUGAACGUCUACAUCAAAGAGAACAACAGUCCCAUGGGUCUGCCCGUGUGGAACACGUCUGGACCCGUCAGCACAAACUGGAAACCAGUAGAGCUCGCCAUCAGCACCUACUGGCCAAACUUCUACCAGAUCGUCUUUGAAGUGGUGACCUCAGGCCAGCGAGGCUUGCUCGCCAUCAAGGACGUGGUCCUCCAGGGCCAUCAGUGCAUGAACACGCCACACUUUCUUCACAUUAAAGGUGUUGAGGUGAACGCCGGUCAGACGGCCACAUUUCACUGCACUGUCAAUGGAGAAUGGAAAGACAACUUUAACCUCUGGCUUCAGGGUAUUGGGGUGGUCGUAAGCUCCUAUGAAGGCGACGAGUAG